AUGGAAACGAUGCUUGAUCGUGUUAUUCCACUCAGCUGUGUACCUCCUUACGCCACACCCUACAGUCACGUUUUCACCACCCCCAUCUCAAACAACACUAACACAGUGUUCUACGAAGACACCGCCGACUCCGAUUGGCAGUCGUCCGACUACGACAGUGAACAUGCGACCGUCAACGUGCCCAUCCGGAGCAAACGGAAAAAGAAUGCUGCUAAGGAGGGCAAUCCAGUGGAUCCCAUCUCUGAGGAUCCGCACCAGGAAUCCUUUUCAGAUGGAAGUGAAGCUGCGGGACCCAGCGCUCCCCCGGCCGACGGAUACAUCAACACCGCGCCCAAUGGCGUCUACUCGGAGGAAGAUCUUCCUGGAACCCGCCAGGUGCUUCCAGGACCUCAGGAGGUACCCGACGUGACCUCCACUCCCCAGAUGAACCGCCAUCCCACAGCAGAUGAAUCUACUCCUCAGGGCUCACGGUGGAGCCGAGGCAGAGAGGGAUUUGGACAUCUUGGAAGUCCCUCGUUCUUUAGACGACACAGUGCCACAGCUGAAGAUAUGACCCCUGGAGGAGGACCUCGACGGCUGUUCAAGCGACCACAGCUCAACUCUUCCAACACCACAUCGGGCCAGCGUUGGAGAGAUAUCAAAGCCGGGCUUCGUCAGCGGUUCCGAAAGAAGAAGGACGCGAAAUUCAGCGCUGAGAAGGCAUACAAUCAAGCCAUUCUGGGCCAGCUUGCUGCUGGUUCUCCUGCGGCUCUCAUGGUUGCUUCCUCCAUGGUUCGCGACGAAAAGAACAUGAAGCGAGUGCCCAUUCUGCUGGAGCAGGUCCGUUUCGCUCUCAGAGAUGUGACAAAGAACCCUCACGAGAAGAAUCGACAGUAUCGAAUCGAUCUUUCGUACGGUUCCGGUCACACGAUGCUCGCAUGGACAAUCUACAAGGACUACAAGGACUUUAUGUUUCUGCACAGUCGGCUGCGAACCAUGGCCUUCAACGCCAAGAACCCCUUCAACUCGUCAAAACAGCCUCUUCAGAUCCCCAUCUUUCCUACCCGAAACAAGGUGGGCAAGAAAAAAAAAGGCAAGAGAGACAAGUCCAACCCUGGCGAUGAAGAUUACACAGACACAGAUGGAGAGUCUGAGUGUGAUCCCGCAGAGCAGCAACAAAACCAGCACACUCCAGGAGGGGGAUCUUCGCAUGGACCUAGGAUGGUGAACCAGUUCUUUGACAAGCGACGGAAAAACCGCAACAUGAUCAACGAGCGCAUUAAGGGUGAACUGGAACGAUACCUGCGUCAGCUGUUCAAACUGCUGCUCUUCCGAGGUGAAGCUAACAAGCUGUUCCAGUUUUUGGAGCUGUCCAACAUGUCCAUUCGACUUGCUCCUGAGGACCAUUUCCACGGCAAGGCUGGAUUCCUGGUCAACCGUACGUCUGCUCGAAAGGCUGGAUGGAGAGUGUCGCAUUGGCGAGUCGACGAUAUCAGACAGAUGGUGGCUCGUCACACGUCGAAGUGGUUCAUGGUGCGCCACUCGUACAUUGUGUGUGUCGACAACCUGUAUUCCACAACACCUCUUGAGGUGUUCCUUCUCGAUUCCAAGUUCAAGGUGUCACACAAUCUCAAAAAGAAGAACAAGGACGGCGUUCUUUCGGGUGGAUCCAACCCCAAUACUUCUGGAGAGUCCGAUUUGGAAGAACUUCAGAAACCGGGAAGUACCCAUAUUACUCUCAAGGUGGAGAACGCAUCCCGACAGCUUAAGCUGGUUGCCACAUCUGACAAGCAGCUGGCCCAGUGGAUGGAGAGUAUCAAUCUGAUCAAGGAGCGGUCCAUUUGGGCUCAGCAGAAGCGGUUUGACUCAUUUGCGCCUGUGCGAACCAACUGCAAGGCCCAAUGGUUCGUCGACGCUCGAGACUACUUUUGGACGCUGUCGUGCGCUCUGGAUAUGGCCAAGGAGGUCAUUUACAUUCACGACUGGUGGCUGUCUCCUGAGAUAUACCUACGUCGACCCCCUGAGGGUAACCAGGAGUGGCGUCUGGAUCGUGUUUUGAAGCGAAAGGCCGAGCAGGGAGUCAAGAUUUUUGUUAUUGUGUACCGAAAUGUCGGUCAGACUAUUCCCAUUGACUCGCAGUACACCAAGUUCUCGCUGCUGGACCUGUCUCCUAACAUUUAUGUCAUGCGGUCUCCCAACCAGCUCAUUCAGAAUACCUACUUUUGGGCCCAUCACGAAAAGCUGUGUCUUAUUGAUCACACGUGUGCCUUUGUGGGUGGUAUUGAUCUCUGUUUUGGUCGUUACGAUACUGCGGAACACGUUCUCGUCGACGAUGCGCCCACGUUUGUGAAUGCCGACAAGAAGGACGGCUACACCGGUCGAACUCAGCUCUUCCCUGGUAAGGAUUACUCUAACCCCCGUACCAAGGACUUCUUCUCGUUGGACAAGCCUUUUGAAGAUAUGUACGACCGUCAGAAGGUGCCCCGCAUGCCCUGGCACGAUAUCCACAUGAUGGUAGUAGGCCAACCUGCACGUGAUCUGGUGCGUCAUUUCGUGCAGCGAUGGAACUAUGUUCUUCGACAGAAGCGUCCUUCCCGAUUCACGCCUCUUCUGCUGCCUCCUCCAGACUUCAAGGAGGAGGAGCUGGCCGAGUACAAGCUGAAUGGUACGUGUGAGGUUCAGAUUCUGCGGUCUGCUUGUUCCUGGAACACUGGAGUCAAGGAGCACGAGCAGAGUAUCCAGAAUGCGUACAUCAAGAGCAUUGAGCAGAGUGAGCAUUUCGUCUACAUUGAGAACCAGUUUUUUAUCACUCACACCUCGUGGCACAAUAUUGUGAUUGAAAACAAGAUCGGAGACGCUCUGGUCAACCGAAUCAUCAAGGCCCAUCAGAAUGACGAGGAUUGGCGUGCCAUCAUUGUCAUUCCUCUCAUGCCUGGUUUUGAAGCCGAGGUCGACGAGUCCGAGGGUUCGUCGGUGCGUGUCAUCAUGCAGUGCCAGUACAUGUCCAUUUCUCGAGGUGCCAACUGCAUUUUUGCACGUCUUGAGAACGCUGGCAUCCAUCCCGAAGACUACAUUUGCUUCUUUUCACUGCGAAAGUGGGGCAAGAUCGGUCCCCACGACAAGCUGGUCACCGAGCAGCUGUACAUCCACGCCAAGGCUAUGGUUGUCGAUGACCGUAUUGCCAUUAUUGGUUCGGCGAACAUCAACGAACGGUCUCAACGAGGUACUCGAGACUCUGAGGUCGCAGCUAUUGUUCGAGACACCCAUACUGUGGACUCUGUCAUGGCUGGGCGUCCCUACAAGGUGGGCCACUUUGCACACACCCUGCGUCUCCAUCUGAUGCGAGAGCACAUGGGCGUUGAUGUGGACCAUGUGGAGUUCAUUGAGCGAAAGGCUGAGCUUCUUGAGAAACACAAGAGAGCUGAGGCUACCCAAGAUGAGCCCCAGGAGCUUCCUAUCAUCAAGAACAAGUCCACACGCCGAGCACGGGGGCGUGGACGACGUUCCCAGCGAGGAGGAGAGGAUUCCGAUGGAGCUUCCGGCUCUGAAGAUGAGCGAGUUCUCGAUAUCUCAACCUCUAUCUUCGGGGAGACGGUUCAGGCUGCCAAGGCCGCUAACGGUAAUGGCAAUGGCAACGGUAACGGUGCUGAUGCGUCUGCUGCGGAGUCUGUCCCUUCCGUCAUGGCUCCCACCCGAAGAUACUCUUACCAGGAUGGAGUACCUGCCUCUCCUUCUAUUGACGAGGACUGUGUUGUCGAAGGCACAACUCUGGACAAUGCUGACCAGCAGCUAGCCAACUUGGACGAUGCGUACGAUUCCGACGCCGAGGUGCUACUGCGAGACUAUGAUGAGGAUGUGGAUCAGAUCAACCGGGGCUUGGACAUCUACACCUUCAACUCUCUAGCCGGUGUGGACAACAAGGGCAUCCGAGAGAAGAAGCUUGUCUCUUCUGAUAACCGUAUCCAGGGCAACGAGAAGCACCGUGCUGACGUUGAGGGCCGGGGUCUGGACCGAGGCGCCAACUCGAAGGAGUCUGCGGAGGACUUCCGAAUCCGAAUCCAGCGACACGCCCAGUUUGCCAACAAGCUGACGGAGCACGAGCUGCAGCAGACCAGCGAGACGGUGGACGAUGUGACGGAACUUAAGAAGCGCGUCUACUACGAGCAGAUGGAGCUCAAGCAGCGGUACCACAAUUCGCACAUGGAGGCCGAGAAGGCGUUCAACAAUCCCCCACAGUUGGAGGACUGCGAGAACGAGAAGAACGGCGUUAAUGGAGUCAACGGCAACAGUGGCUCCACUGAUUCCACUGCACCUGUAAAUCUUGUCUCCGAUGCUAACGGCAACAUUCACCCUGAACAUCCUGAGACAUCUGAUCAUUCUUCGGACUCUUUUGAAGAUGAGGGCUUCGAGAUCCCCAAGAUCCCUCCUCCCGUAGACCCCUACUGUUUUAAGGACCCUUUGGACGACGACUUUUACUACGACAUCUGGCUGGCCACAGCCGAAAAGAACACCAGGCUCUUCCGGGAAGUGUUUCGAUGCCAGCCUGACGACGAGGUGACCACCUGGAGAGAUUACAAGGAUUUCACCACUUACGCCGAGCGGUUCUCCAUGUCUCAGGACACCGGCGACUUGAAGUCUUCGUAUGCAGAUGAACACCAAGCUCAUUCCCCCUUGGCUGUCAAGAUCAAUGGCAAUGACAAGGAAGACGAGAAGAAACAGAACAAGCACAAGGCCACACAUGACUACGACAAGUAUUAUGCCCGUCACCAGCACCACCGAUCGUCUUCGCCUCACUACCGAAGGUCCCAUGUGCCUCUCAAGACCGGUGCCAACUUCACUGAUCGACUUGCACACGGUGUUGAUGAUGCCGCUGGUCAUCUCAAGUACGCCCUCGGACGGGCCAACCGCCGAGGCAGCCACCAUGACACUGUUGAUGUGGAUGAUUCUCCUCCCAGGGACUUCCUUCCUGACGAUUUCAACGACCCGAUCCCUGUCGAGGAGGUGGACAACACCAACCUCAACAACAACCAGCAGCUCAACCAGGAGCUUUACGAGUCGCAGGUGGAGGGCGAGAACCCUCGAUUUGUGCCUAGCCACGCCAUUGAUGGCCAGCACCCUCGAAAGCGUGAGAAGCGACACAUUGGUGAGGUUGAUCAGCCUGCCGAGAAGCCCCCCAUCAACGAGGCUUACAGCACUGGGGUCUCAGGCCGGCUUGGGCAGCACCAGCAGCCCCAUCUUAAGCAGGAAGUUGAUACUGAUUUUAAGGAUACCUCUUCUGCUGCUCAUACGCCAUUCCACCAUACCCCCAACGCCAGGCGAAGACGACGACGACGGGCUCGACAGAGAUCUGGCAUGGACAAGGUGCACGACAAGGCAACGGCCGAGAAGAUUCUCAACGGUAUCCAGGGGCAUCUGGUCAUGUUCCCCACCCACUGGCUGUACAAGGAACUCGACAGCGGCAACUGGUUCUACAACCUGGAUCGAAUCCCCCCGAUCGAAAUUUAUGAUUAG